AUGGCAUCACCACCACAAACCACAAGGCUUGCCCACGUCUUCCGGGACGGCGCCGACGGGCCCUGUCUGUUCGUCCGCGCCCUGGACAACGGGCGGGACUGCCAGGCCCAGCUCGUCUACCACAUCCAGACGGGCGAGCAUCGGGUGCGGAAGGUUCUGGCCCCCCGUGUUCCCGCCUCAGAGCCGCCGACAGCACGGGAAAGGCGCUUUGACGCGGACGUGAACACGGCAAGGACGCUGUUCGCCGCCGCGGCCGGGCGGACCAAGCUCCGGAUCCCCGAAGUCCUGUCGGACCGGAAGACGGUCUCUCCAGACGGCAACAAGUCCACGUGCGUGUCGUACUGGCGGCUCUGCAACGGCGGCAGCAUAGGGGCGCUCCUCAACGCGUGCAAGCGGCACGGCGCCAGCCUGCCGCGCGUCGUGGUCUUCCGCCUGCUCCGCCAUGUGCUCGAAACGCUCGAGCUCAUGUACCAGCAGUGCGAGCGCGGGCCCGUCUUCCACCUCGACCUCAGCGACGAGAACCUGCUGCUGGACUUCAACGGGGCCGAGGACAUGCCCGAGCUGUACGUCAUCGACCUCGGCCGGGCUGGCAGGUUCCCGCUCCCACGGCGGGACAGGUCUUGGGAUGUUGUUGAUGUGCUGUACCUGGCCGAGUGCCUCGUCUCGCAGACCAGCGGCGCUCAGCUACCCGGCCAGUACCAGCGAGAGCGCAACUGGCGCGGCUACUUGAGCGACGAGGACUACGCUGACGCGGAAGCAUUUUGCGAGAUAUACCAGGCGCUGCUGGGCCUGGGAGAGCGGUUCGAGGCCAACGCGACGGCGGCGAGCCACCGCGAUGAUGAUGCCCACCCCGAGCUGCGACACGGCGACGUGCCGAGUCUGCAGCCCGUCAUCGACACGCUGCAAGCCAGAAUCAGCAAGGGCUUGUCGGAUAUGUGGCUGAAGCGGUGGCAGCCGGGCACGGACGAGGCGCGCUUUUUCGACUUUCUCGCCGUGUACCGCCAGCGGACGCGGCUCCAGUCGGCCAGCGACAUGAGCCCGACGCUGUACGACACGCAGGCUGGUAUCCUCGGCGCCGCUAACGUGCACGGCCCGUGGUUUGUCGGCAGGGUGGACGAGCUCACCUUUGAGCUCCAGGGCGGCCCGCUCAGAAGCCCGUACCACCGGCCGAACAAGUUCAACUCGGGCUCGGAGACGGAGGGCCAGUUGGACCUGGUCUCUGACGGGGGCUCGGACGAGGAGGAGUGCAAUGACAACAACCUUUACAGCGCAGAAGAGAGAGACAUGUUACACGACGCUGGCUCUUCCUUCUUCGGCAAUUAA